GAGAGGAGAGCAGGCACAGCUGGAAGAUGAGCACCGGAGCGGGCAUCGACUACAGCGUCUGGGAUCACGUCUACGUGUCGGACGAUGAAGAUGUGGCCUGUCCGUACGUCGACACGCCGAGCUUGUUCAGAAUGAGACACCGGGCCCGGCUGGAGAGAAUGGCCGAGUUUCAGCAGAGAGGGGAAGACCUGGAGAGUAACUUAGCUGAAUGCAAGAGGCUAUUAGAGGAAGCCCAGGGCCAACUUAAAGAGCUGGAAGAAGGAAGAAAGGAGAAGGAGGAUGAGGAGAGAGAGGCCGAGCUGAAGAAAGUCCAGGCCGAGGUGAGAAAACUGAAAAAGGAUGAAAAGUCCUUUGAGAAAAUGAUCGAAGAGCACCGUCGAGAAGGAAAGAAACUUCCCUGGGAUGUAGACAACAUCAGUAAAGAAGGCUUCAGCAGGAGUGUACUCAACGUCAAGCCUGUUUCAACAGAGGAAACGGGAGAGGAAAAGGUGGAGAAGCAUACGGCCUUUGUGGAGAAAUAUGCAAAGGAAAUCAAACACUUUGGUAUGUUGCGGCGCUGGGACGACAGUCAGAAGUAUCUGUCAGACAACCCACAUCUGGUGUGCGACGAGACGGCUAAUUACCUGGUUGUCAUCUGUAUUGACUUUGAGAUAGAUGAGAAACACGCACUGAUGGAGCAGGUGGCCCACCAGGCUAUCGUCGUGCAGUUCAUCUUGGAUUCGGCUCGGGCGCUUAAGGUCGACCCAAGAGGCUGCUUCAGACAAUUCUUUUCAAAGAUCAAGACUGCAGAUAAGCCGUACCAUGACGCGUUCGACCGUGAGCUGGAGUUGCUGAAGGAGCGGAUCCGCAGCUGUGCGCGGACUCGUAUGGAGGGCGCUAUGAAGGAGCUGGAGGAAGAAGAGAGGCAGAAGAGACUGGGCCCAGGCGGCUUAGACCCUGUAGAGGUCUAUGAAUCUUUGCCAAAG